AUGCCAAAUUUUGAAAUUAAAGAUGUCAUAUUAGAAAAUAAAUACGUUCCUUCUCCAUAUACUAGUAAAGUUAUUGCUAAUAAAAUUUCUAAAAGUAUUGAAGCUUGGAAUCUUGGACAUCGCAUAACAUCAAUUACUACUGACAAUGGGUUAAAUAUGGUUGUAGCUUUCCUCUUAUUGAACCAAAAAGAUAGAUGUGAUGAGAUUAAACAUCUUCCUUGCAUAGCCUAUACUCUUCAAUUAGCAAUCAGAAAGGGACUUGCAUCAGCUGAAAUCUUAGUAGUACAUACAAGAAGAUUAAUUCAAUUUUUUCAAUCUCCAAAACAGAUAGAAAAGUUAGAGUAG